AUGCCGCCGAAGAUCGACCCCAAUGAGAUCAAGGUCAUCCACCUGAGAGCGACGGGCGGUGAAGUCGGUGCUUCGUCGGCUCUGGCUCCCAAGAUCGGUCCCCUUGGUCUGUCGCCUAAGAAGGUCGGCGAAGACAUCGCCAAGGCGACAGGUGACUGGAAAGGUCUCCGCGUGACGGUCAAGCUCACGAUCCAGAACCGGCAAGCCCAGGUUUCCGUUGUGCCGUCGGCAUCAUCGCUCGUCAUCCGGGCGCUGAAGGAGCCCCCCCGGGACCGGAAAAAGGAGAAGAACAUCAAGCACAACAAAUCGAUUCCGUUCGACGAGAUUGUCGAGAUUGCACGGACAAUGCGGUUUAAGUCGUUCGCCAAGGAGCUUGAGGGUACCGUCAAGGAGAUCCUGGGAACUGCCAACAGCGUGGGCUGCCAGGUCGACGGCAAGUCGCCGCAGGAAAUUAUUGAGGCUAUUGAGGCUGGCGAGCUCGAUGUUCCGAAGGAGUAA